CCUCUUAAGCCUCUGGUCCUUCGCUGCUCUGGAGAUUUCAGUGGAUUUCUGCUUCAGAUUAAAGCAGACCAAAACAACUCCACAGGAAAACAAUUCCGGAGCAGGACGGAACACACAGAACAGUGUUCAGCCCUUUGGACCGCUGGGUUUCUGACUGACGACACACCAUCCCACACACGGCAGAACAUGGCUCACUAAACAACGAAGGCCUAUUGGAUAGCGAAAGGUGUUGAGGCAGAGUUGGCGCAAAGAGAAGAGCAUAAAGCUAUAAGAAGAGGACGACAACGGAGCAAGGCGUUGAGAGGCGGAACGGGAGAGAGCAGGAAAGUUGUGGAGAGGAAGGAAAGAAGGAGUUUGUCCACUCUUCUCCUGGUUGUCCCAUCAGUGGAGGUCUAGCCUUGACUCCGGUAUCUCUAGUUUUCUCCAGAACAAGCCAAUUGUCAAACGGGAAUACGGUGUCAGGGACUCGUCUGGUACCGCGAGUCUCGUAGGUUGCUACCUCUCUGGGCUGGACGGACAUUGACAGAAGCCUCCUGUUGUGUGUUGACCUAUCAGCUGGUUGGGGAUAUCUCUCUCUCUGAGCUGCUGGGAGUACAGGUGUAUACCGAAAGUCUCUGGUUGUGGUUCCAGUGGUUAGUCAUGGAGGACUCUGGUUCCUCCAUCACCUCCAGCAUGGCCUCUCGCUGGACACUGCCUGGCUCACACACAGUGUCCCCGGCGGCGGAGAGGCUGCGCUACAUCCUGGGUGAAGAUGACGACAUGCCGACGCCCACUCUGUUUACGGAGAUGGACACGCUGCAACACGAUGGAGACGAGAUGGAGUGGAAAGAGUCUGCUAGGUGGGUGAAGUUUGAGGAGAAGGUGGAGGAGGGAGGAGAGAGGUGGAGUAAGCCCCAUGUGUCCACCCUGACCCUCCACAGUCUGUUUGAGCUGAGGACCUGCAUCCAGACUGGCAGUGUACUGCUGGAUCUGGAGGGAUACUCCCUGCCACAGAUAGUGGAUGACAUCGUGGACCGCCAGGUGGCAGACGGUCUGAUUGGUCCAGAACUGAGGGAGAAGGUCAGCUUUGUGUUGCUACGGAAACAUCGCCACCAGCAUAAGAAACCCAUCCACCUCUCGCUAGCCGACAUGGGAAAAUCAAACAAUUCCCCCACCAGCCGUAGUCCCCAGUCUUUUCAUAAUGUCAGUCGUAGUAACGUCAGUCGCUUUCCUAGUUCAGCCUCUGGCCUCCAUCACUCCACAGAGGACUUACGAGCCAAGUCAGGCAGCCUUGGCCGCCUGCAUCCCGCGCAAAGCCGAAGCAUGAACGACAUUUCAGACAAGCCAAGCACAGACCAGAUGAAAAACAAGUUCAUGAAGAAGAUACCUCGUGAUGCAGAGGCAUCCAACGUUCUGAUUGGAGAAGUGGACUUCCUGGAUAAACCAUUUGUAGCUUUCGUACGUCUGGCCCAGGCUACCACACUGGGAGGCCUGACCGAGGUCCCCGUACCUACCAGGUUUCUGUUUGUCUUGCUGGGUCCUCAUGGCAAAGGCAAGUCCUACAACGAGAUUGGCCGAGCUAUCGCCACGCUCAUGGUGGAUGACUUGUUCAGUGACGUUGCGUAUAAAGCCCGGGACAGGGAUGACCUGAUCGCGGGGAUUGAUGAGUUUCUGGAUGAGGUCAUCGUUCUGCCCCCAGGGGAGUGGGACCCCAAAAUACGCAUUGAGCCCCCCAAGAAGGUCCCCUCUGCUGACAUGAGGAAGUCUGUGCUGAACCUGAACGAGCUAGGCCAGGUGAACGGGACCGGGACAGCUGGGGGGCCAGGGGGAGGAGAGGACGAGGAGAUGCCCAUCCCCCACGAAUUGGGAGAGGAACUGCAAUUCACUGGCAGGUUCUGUGGAGGCCUGUGGCUGGACAUUAAGAGGAAGGUUCCGUGGAUCCUUAGUGAUUUCUCCCAGGGCUUUCACAUCCAGUCCAUCUCUGCUGUUCUGUUCAUCUACCUGGGCUGCAUCACCAACGCCAUCACCUUCGGAGGCCUGCUGGGAGACGCCACUGACAACUACCAGGGUGUGAUGGAGAGUUUCCUCGGUACAGCGUUAGCAGGUACAGUGUUCUGUCUGUUAGGAGGUCAGCCUCUCAUCAUUCUCAGUUCCACUGGACCCAUCCUCAUCUUCGAGAAACUGCUCUACGAGUUCUGCAAGUCUAACACUAUAGACUACAUGGAGCUGCGUCUGUGGAUUGGUCUACACUCCUGUCUGCAGUGUCUGAUCCUGGUCGCCACGGACGCCAGUUACAUCAUCAAAUAUAUCACCCGCUUCACCGAGGAGGGCUUCUCCAGCCUCAUCUCCUUCAUCUUCAUCUCGGACGCCAUCAAGAAGAUGGUGGGCUCCUUUAAGUACUACCCCAUCAACCGUGUCUUCAAGCCCGACUACGUUACCACAUACAGGUGUGAAUGUAUCGCACCUGACCAGGCUGCUGCGAUGGCUUUUAACGUUUCAGUUCCACUCGCGGACGAUAAUAUGACUGAUUUGUAUAACAUAACAGGUCUGGACUGGAGUCAGCUGAGUAAGAAGGAGUGUGUGAAGUAUGGCGGCGCCCUGCUGGGGAACGCGUGUAAGUACGUCCCAGACCUGGCCCUCAUAUCUUUUAUCCUGUUCUUCGGCACCUACUCCAUGACCGUCUCCCUCAAGAAGUUCAAGACUAGCCGCUACUUCCCCACCAAGUGCCGUUCCCUGGUUGGUGAUUUCUCCAUCAUCAUCUCCAUCCUGGUGUUCUGUGGGAUAGACUACCUGUUAGGCCUGGACACGCCCAAACUGCACGUGCCCACUGAAGUCAAGCCGACGCGUCCAGACCGUGGCUGGGUGGUGAUGCCGUUUGGUAAGAACCCGUGGUGGGUGUAUGUGGCCAGCGCCGUCCCUGCUCUCCUGGUCACCAUCCUCAUCUUCAUGGACCAACAGAUCAGCGCCGUCAUCGUCAACCGCAAAGAGAACAAACUCAAGAAAGGUUGUGGGUACCAUCUGGACCUGUUCUGGGUGGGUAUUCUGAUGGCAGUGUGUUCCUUCCUGGGCCUGCCCUGGUACGUGGCUGCAACUGUCAUCUCCAUCGCCCACAUCGACUCUCUGAAGAUGGAGAGUGAGUCCAGCGCCCCAGGAGAGCAGCCCCAGUUCCUGGGAGUCAGGGAGCAGAGGUUGACGGGUAUUCUGGUGUUUGUCUUAACUGGAGUUUCCAUCUUCCUAGCUCCUGUCCUUCAGUACAUCCCCAUGCCUGUUCUCUACGGUGUCUUCCUCUACAUGGGAGUAGCCUCACUCGCAGGAAUACAGUUCUGGGAGCGUAUCAAGCUGUAUCUGAUGCCAGCCAAGCACCAGCCAGACUUCUCCUUCCUGCGUCACGUUCCUCUGAGGAGAGUCCAUCUCUUCACCCUGGUCCAGAUUAUCUGUCUGGCUGUCCUCUGGACCCUCAAGUCUACCGUAGCGGCCAUCAUCUUCCCUGUCAUGAUCCUGGGUCUGAUGGUGGUGCGUAAGAUGAUGGACCUGAUGUUCUCUCAACACGACCUGGCCUGGCUGGACGACAUCCUGCCGGAGAAAGACAAGAAGAAGGAGAAGGAUGGGAAGAAAAAGAAAGACCACAAAAGGACCAAAGCAGCAGAGCCGGAGAGCGACGAGGAGCCCAAGAGUCCCCUCCCUCCUCCAGUGAAGAUACCCAUGGACACCAUAGAUCUGCCUUCAGCACCUGACCCCUCUGUAACCCCACCCACCCAGCCCCCCGUCUGACUGAGAAGAAUGUUUACACUAGUGUAAAUCCAGAUGAAAGUCACCGGAUGCAUCUCCCCCGGCCCUAACGCACACAUCGACUGGGGACUACACUGCCAGAAUGUCCACACCUAUGACUACUGACACACACACAUGUAAAAACACACACGCACGCAUACAUCCACUUACUACUGCCAGCUAGACUACUGACAACUACUGUAUAAUCCCACGCACAGCUAA